UCUAAUGCCGGCAGCAGGAGGAGGGGCACGUGGGGCUGCUCUGCUCAAACGCCGGCAGGGAUUGAAACGCAGCUGCUGUUUGAGGUAUUAGCUGCGCACUGUAAUAUCGUUCACCCCGCCGCUUCGUCGUGAGGUUUUCCCACUGUGAUUCGGCACACGGCUGGAGAAAAUGUCCAACCUCAACUGGAAGCCCUUUGUUUUCGGCGGGGUCGCUUCCGUGACGGCGGAGUGCGGGACCUUCCCCAUCGACCUGGCCAAGACUCGUCUGCAAGUUCAAGGCCAAGUGGGCGACAUCAAAUACCGAGAGAUCCGCUACAGAGGCAUGCUCCAUGCUAUAGUGAGGAUAGUAAGAGAAGAGGGGCUCCGGGCACUGUAUUCAGGGAUAGCUCCUGCCAUGCUGCGCCAGGCCUCCUAUGGGACCAUAAAAAUUGGCACAUACCAGACUUUUAAGCGACUGCUGGUUGAGAGACCAGAGGAUGAGACACUGCUGACUAACGUGAUGUGUGGCGUUCUCUCUGGAGUCAUCUCCUCCUCCAUCGCCAACCCGACUGACGUGCUGAAGAUCCGAAUGCAGGCUCAGGGAAAUGUGAUCCAGGGCAGUAUGAUGGGCAACUUCAUCAACAUCUACCAGCAGGAGGGAACAAGAGGACUGUGGAAGGGCGUCUCUCUAACGGCGCAACGGGCAGCCAUCGUGGUCGGGGUCGAGCUGCCGGUCUAUGACAUCACCAAGAAGCAUCUGAUCCUGUCGGGUCACAUGGGGGACACCGUGUACACACACUUUUUGUCCAGUUUUGUGUGCGGUCUGGCGGGGGCUUUGGCCUCCAACCCUGUGGACGUAGUCCGGACACGCAUGAUGAACCAGAGAGGAGGAGCUCUUUACCAGGGAACACUGGACUGUAUACUGCAGACGUGGCGCUCAGAGGGCUUCAUGGCCCUCUACAAGGGUUUCUUUCCAAACUGGCUCCGCCUGGGACCAUGGAACAUCAUUUUCUUCCUCACAUACGAGCAGCUGAAGAAGAUCAAUGUGUGACUGACAGAAUGAGAUGGAGAAGAGGAAGUAUGAGCGCACUCCAAUGAGCUGAGAGGACCAAAAAUCAGGAAUGGCUGGCUGGAGAUGGAUCCUUGGUGGAACCACUGAAAGGGGGAACACCCAGGUCUGGAGGGGCGUCAUGAGAGUUUGCCUGAUUCCUGUUGGGGCUACAUGUCGCCUAUCGCCUGUGGCAAAUGUGGAAGACAUUCGUGCCUGAUGUUUUUCACUCAUCCAAAAUGCUAUGUUAAGCUUAACCGCUCGUUUAAAUGUGAUAAUGGCCCCUUAGAUACACCGACUGGUAAACUGGGGGGAAAAUGUAAGAUGCAAAACCAGUGUCAGACUUUUGUUUCUGAAGCGAUUUGCUGCUUUAAAAAUGUCUCUAAUUUCAGAAAGAAAACACACGUGGUUUUCACUUCUCCACUCAUAUGGUGGUCUACAAAUCGAGUGCCUUCAGUUUGAGAUACAGGCCUCCUGCGCCUGAGUUUGUUAGGACUGAGAAUGUCGGGUAGCUGCUGACAAUCGCAGUGAUCAUUCCCUUUUUGCGAACGUUUGUGCGCACGCGUCAACAAACCUGGACUUGGAUCAGGUGUUGUUGUUUUUUUCAGUUUCUAUAUUUCUAAAUUGGGAGUUGAAGUAUUUACAGAGUCAUGAGCCAAGAAUACAUCACUGUGUACUGUAAUAAAUAACUCAUAUUGUUUAUGUGACUGACCAGUGUGGAUCUCAGACAGGGCACACACACAUCACAAGCCCAUAUGUGGCGAGACUCGUGGUCCUUCAUGCCAGUGAGUGCAGACAGUAAAUAUAACCUGGGGCAGCUGGGGGUUGACUCUCCUUUGGGUUCUUGUGUUAUAUAUAUAUACGCUGCUGUAAAGAUUCAUUAUAGUCACGGUAAGCCUGCGUAUUGUAUUCCCCACUGCUUUACACACAGACCACUGGGUCAGAUUAGUUCAACCAAGGUGCGUCAUUUCGACAUGACUCUUAAACCACUGGCCAUUAAACCCCAGAUAUAUUUUUCAAAUACUGUAUUUGCACGCUGUACGCUUCUCUGUGACCUUUCAUUGUAAAGAAUGAAUAUGUUGCUGGCUGUUGUGUGUGAGCUGCCAAAGUGUAAGCCAGUGGAAAAUUUCUCAUACUUUUGAUGUAAAUGCUGCUUGUAUAUUUGAAAUAAAAAAGAAAAAUCCCACCA